AUGGCGGCCUCGGCGGCGCUGGCCAGCACGAUGGUGAGCAACGCCUCCUUCGUCAGGGGGAGGCCCUCUGUGGGGAGCCUUCGCGCCACCGGCAACGUGGGACAGGCGCUCUUCGGGCUCAAGGCCGGCAGGGGCCGCGUGACGGCCAUGGCCACCUACAAGGUGAAGCUCGUCACCCCCGACGGCACGCAGGAGUUCGACUGCUCCGACGACGUGUACAUCCUGGACCAGGCGGAGGAGGUGGGGAUCGAUCUGCCCUACGCGUGCCGCGCGGGUUCCUGCUCGUCCUGCGCCGGGAAGGUGAAGGGCGGGGAAGUCGACCAGUCCGACGGCAGCUUCCUCGACGACGACCAGAUCGACGAGGGAUGGGUGCUCACCUGCGUCGCCUACCCGUCCUCCGACGUCGUCAUUGAAACCCACAAGGAGGAGGAGCUCACCACCUCCUGA